CGAAAACCUCAUUGCGGAUAUCGUCUUGUAAGCCACCCGGUGAUAGCUUCACGGUCGAACGCCGGCUAAGCGUCGCCUCUCUGCAGUUCCGACGUCGCAAAUAUGUCUGAAGGCGAGGUCGAGAUCGAGAGUCCCCAGGCAUGGCCGGUGCUCCCUAAGGACAUCACGGAGGAGAUUGGCAGCGUCAAGCUCUUCAACAAGUGGUCAUACGAGGAUGUCGAGAUCCGAGACAUUUCGUUGACGGACUACAUCCAGAUCCGAACCCCCGUCUACAUUUCACACUCCGCCGGUCGAUAUGCGCAGAAGCGGUUCAGGAAGGCUCAGUGCCCCAUCAUCGAGCGCCUCACCAACUCUCUCAUGAUGAACGGUCGUAACAACGGCAAGAAGCUCAUGGCCGUCCGAAUCGUCGCCCACGCUUUCGAGAUCAUCCACAUUAUGACUGAUCAGAACCCAAUCCAAGUCGCGGUGGACGCUAUUGUCAACUGCGGUCCCCGCGAAGACAGCACUCGCAUCGGUUCCGCAGGUACCGUCCGUCGUCAAGCUGUCGAUGUCUCCCCCCUCCGACGUGUCAACCAAGCGAUUGCCCUCCUCACCAUUGGUGCCCGCGAGGCCUCGUUCCGCAACAUCAAGAGCAUUGCCGAGUGCCUGGCCGAAGAGCUCAUCAACGCAGCUAAGGGAAGCAGCAACUCGUACGCCAUCAAGAAGAAGGAUGAGUUGGAGCGUGUGGCGAAGAGCAACCGAUAAAGGCGUGCGUGGAUGUGGACUUCGUGGUGCAUGGGAAGGGCGGAUUGGUGACAUCGAGCCGGAUGGAGUUCUUCAUAUGGCUGGUCUAGGCGAAUUUGCCCGACUACGGAAGGCUUUAGCAUGUAUCCGGUCUUCCAGGUGAAUAAGCAUCUCCUUCAUGGUUGCAUGGCAAAAUGAACAUCUCGAUACAAAGAUUGUGCAUUUGAUACGGAGUCUCUGACGUGACGCUUGUCGGGAUCUCCGCUCCGCCGGGAGAUUAAUGAAUUUAAGACUUGUUUCAAUAUGUCUUUCAUGACUGGUCCAGGCUUAGCCGUUCCGAGCCUUCUAGGGUAUCUAUUUCGUGGGCUGUCGUAGACUAAUACAAAAUGCAGCA